AUGACAGCGGUAACGCGAACCUCGCGCGGCGACGAUGGCAUAAUCUCGGAAACAACAUACAUCAUGCCCGCGCAAACAACACCCUACGCGCCCAUCCGCUCCUCAACAGACUCUCUCACAGGCGUAGGAUCCAACAUGCCAAACUCCUGCUCUCUAUCCGUCUUCUGCCGCAGCGUAUCCUAUUACGUAUACAGCAUGGCAACAGCAGCGCACAGCCCACACCCGCUAUCAGGACAGCACUGCAACGCCGUGCAGCGCGACCCCGGCAUGGGCCAAGUCAUCGGCUACCACGACGACUGCUGGCCACAGAACUACUUCGCGCUGUUCCCGAACGAAUGGGGCGAGAUGAACGGCGCCAGCAAGAGCUAUAACGAGGGCGACGCGAGCACCGUUGCUUUCCCCGGCGGGAAUUGUCUCGAGGGCUGGACUACGGCUUGUACUACUACGAUCACGGCGGGGGGCAUGAGACACAUCGUCAAAGAUGGGAAGGGAAACGAGGUUCGCGCACAGGAUGGCGAGAAGAAGUCUUUUCCCCAGGCUUGGUGCUGUCCCCCGGGCGACUGGACCUGCGCUACGCAGACCGGCGAUGGGGAUAAGCAGGCCCCGCAACGCCUGUGUCGGAGCGUGGUUACGGGCACGGCGACGACGCAGGUUUGGAUGAGUUGGGAUCCGGCGUAUUAUACGUUUACGCCGACAGGGUCUACGAGCUCGCUUUUCGAGGCGUAUACUUGGUCUGCGGAUGUUCCCGAGGACCCGGACCCGGAGUUUGCGGCGACGGUUUUUCAUAAGGUAUUUCCGUUGGUUUUGAGCGCUUCUAGUUCUAGCACUAGUUCGACGAGUACUUCGAGUUCGAGCUCGAGUUCUAGUUCUAGUUCUAGUAGUAGUGGUGAUAAGGAGGUUUGGGUCCGCGAUCACUUGCCUACGGUUCAGGGCUCGGAUAUUGCGUGUCCGGUCACGCUUCAGGCAACGGAUACCGUAACUGUGUCCGUGAUGCCGUCUAUGGAGCCCCGGAUAAGGUCGAGAGAAGAGGUAUCGGUAUUCGGUGAUAGCACCCUGGCGUCUAGGUGUGCGGUUGCUGGUCUGUUAGGCGCUAGUGCUGCCACGGCCGCGCUUUCACUUUUAGGGUUUGGGAUUCUAUACCGCCAAAAGAAUAGGGAUAGGAGACGUCGCGCUGUUGCGGUGGUUGCUUCUGGUGUGGAUAGGGGGUCAUUUGAGGAUGAGAAGUUUGAGGAGAUGGGAGUUAGGUUUCAGGGGCAGGGACAGGAACAGGGGAUAAAGCUUGCUUGA